AUGUCCAACAGCAGCUCCAUCACCCAGUUCCUCCUCCUGCCGUUCACAGACACACGGGAGCUGCAGCUCUUGCACUUCUGGCUCUUCCUGGGCAUCUACCUGGCUGCCCUCCUGGGCAACGGCCUCAUCAUCACCACCAUAGCCUGGGACCAGCACCUCCACACCCCCAUGUACUUCUUCCUGAUCAACCUCGCCCUCCUCGACCUGGGCUCCAUCUCCACCAUUGUCCCCAAGUCCAUGGCCAACUCUCUGUGGGAUUCCAGGGACAUUUCCUAUGCAGGAUGUGCUACACAACUCUUUCUGUUUGUCUUUUUAGCUUCAGCAGAGUUUUACCUUCUCACCAUCAUGUCGUACGACCGCUACGUUGCCAUCUGCAAACCCCUGCACUACGGGACCCUCCUGGGCAGCAGAGCUUGUGUCCACAUGGCAGCAGCUGCCUGGGCCACUGGGUUUCUCAAUGCUCUGCUGCACACGGCCAAUACAUUUUCACUGCCCCUGUGCAAGGGCAAUGCCCUGGGCCAGUUCUUCUGUGAAAUCCCCCAGAUCCUCAAGCUCUCCUGCUCACACUCCUACCUCGGGGAACUUGGGCUUCUUUUGUUUAGUGGAUCUUUAGUUUUUAUGUGUUUCAUUUUUAUUGUGGUGUCCUAUGUGCAGAUCUUGAGGGCCGUGCUGAGGAUCCCCUCUGAGCAGGGACGGCACAAAGCCUUUUCCACCUGCCUCCCUCACCUGGCCGUGGUCUCCCUGUUUGUCAGCACUGCCAUGUUUGCCUACCUGAAGCCCCCCUCCAUCUCUUCUCCAUCCCUGGACCUGGUGGUGUCUGUUCUGUACUCGGUGGUGCCUCCAGCAGUGAACCCCCUCAUCUACAGCAUGAGGAACCAGGAGCUCAAGGAUGCCCUGAAUAAACUAGUGGCGGGAUGCUUUUCACAAAUAAUAAAGUGUCCGUCAUCUGCUCUUUGAGAGAUAACAGUUUUAAUGUAACUCAUUAGAGGCCCAGACUUCUGUGUGUGUGUGUGGUGGUGGUGUUGGUUUUUUUUUUUAAUAAAUCAUGAUAUUUUUCUCAUCCCCUUUCUAAUUUAUUGUCUGUUGUUUUUCAAACCCACUGCCUGUAUAAAUAUGAAGCCAUGCUCUCUGCAAAAUAAAGGUCUCUGCUGUUACUUUUUUUC